AUGUUUGUCAUAGAACCGGGCAUUUUGCAAUGUUGCAAUACAGCAUUCAAACGCAGACUGCCGGAAUCGGAUGGCUCAUCAAAGAAACGGAUGAAGUAUCAGCAUAUACGUUCAUUGGAGAAUGAGAAAGAAGACGGUAAAUCAUUUUGUUUUGUUUUGAGCAUUAGGGAUGGAGAUGAAUUGUUGUGGGUGUCUAUUGUUGGAGUACUCGUUGAAAUGUUGAUUGAUUCAGGAUGUGAAAAAAAUAUAAUCGACAUUGAAACAUGGAAGAAACUAAAAAGCCUGGGCGCCAAUGUGUGCAACAUCCGUUUUACCUGUGAUCAAAACUUCAAGGGUUAUGGAAAGACUUCGAAUAUACUUAAAGUAAACAAAGUAUUCGAAUCAACAAUCGAGGUUAGUGAUUCAGCUAAGCAGGUACAGAAAGAAGCAACAUUUUACGUAUUAGAAGACGGCACACAGCCAUUGCUGGGACGAGUUACAGCAAAAGAAUUGGCCGUGCUGGGUUUACCGAAGAACCUGACGGAAGAGAUAUGCCGAUUAGAAUCAAAUCAAAAACGACCCUUCCCGAAAAUAAAGGGAAUACAGCUUAAUAUCCCGAUUGAUGAUAGUGUUACACCGAUAAGACAGCACGCUCGUCGUCCACCGUUGGCGUUACUUGCAAAGAUAGAAGAAAAAUUGAACUCCUUAUUGAUUGCAGAUAUAAUUGAGCCAGUGGAAGAGUAUAGCUUGUGGGUUUCACCGUUGGUAACAAUUGUAAAAGAUAAUGGGGAGUUAAGAUUAUGCGUGGAUAUGAGACGCGCAAAUCAAGCGAUUAAACGAGAAGCCUACUCGAUGCCCACUUUCGAUGACUUUCUCCCACAACUAAAACAAGCGAGAGUAUUCAGUCGAUUAGACAUUAAGGAUGCAUUCCACCAACUGCAGCUUCAGGAAUCUUGUCGAUACAUAACUACUUUUAUAACUCAUAAAGGCAUUUUCCGUUAA